CUACUCCGAUUGUUGUAAAAUUCUAUACAAGUUUUUUUAAAAUGUUAUAUUAUCAUUCUUUUUAAAAUUACCCUGUAUCAUUUUAAGUUUUGAACAAUCACUUGCACUAGAAAUGUCAUUGGAAUAGUAAAAGGUAGAGUGCAAGUAUACAUUGAAAAUAAUAUUAAGAAAUGUAAUUGUAAUUUAGUCUGAAUGUUUGUAUGAAGUUUGAAUAAAAUGAAUGUUCUGGAGAAUUGAUGUUAAAGUUGGCAGGGGAGAGUUUUGAAGAAUGUGCAGCUAGAGAAGUAAAAGAGGAAACAGGAUUGGACAUAGGGAAGAGUGAGUUUUUAACAGUAACAAACAAUGUGAUGUUGGAGCAACCAAAAAAGUGUCACUAUGUUACGAUUUUCAUGAGAUCAGUGGUGGGGGAAGAGCAAGUGCCACAGAAUCUUGAGCCAAACAAGUGUGAUGGUUGGGAGUGGUAUGAUUGGGAUCAUUUGCCACAUCCUUUGUUUGGGCCUCUUGAGAGAAUGGUCAAAGGAGGUUUUAACCCCUUUUCUUCCUAAUUAAGUUUCUUAAUGCUUUUUUCUGAGCUUGAUUAGGUAACUAUGUCUUUGGGUUAGGUUUUAUCUGUUUCUUUUCAUGCUUCAACUGGAUUUGAUCCUAUAAAUAUAUUUACAAUUCACUAUUAUUAUACA